CUCGCAACCUCGAUCUAGAAGCACUCCGCACUCCACAGUCUCUACUCCACACGAGCAAGAGUCAACCAAAGCUCAUAGCUCCGUUUCCAUCGCAUUCUUCUUCCAUCCCUCCAUCAAUCCAAGAACACGCAUACGCCAUCAGCAUGAGCUGGUCCGACCUGCCAGCCGAGCUCGUAGCCGGGAUCGCCGACAGGAUCACCGAGCAUGCGGACCUCGCGCGCUUCCGCUCGGUGUGCCCAUCUUGGCGCUCGGCCUCGGCGGAGCACGCCGCCCGCCGCCGCGUCCCUCUGCUCCUCCUGCCCUCCCAGCAAAACUCCCGCGUCAACCGCCGUCUCUGGUCCCUCGCCGACGACAGCAUCACGGAGACCCCUAUGCCCGCCGCGUGCGGCCGCUCCUUCCUCUUCGCCUCGCCGCGCGGCUGGACACUCGCCGUGGCCGACGACUUCACGGCCACGCUGCUGAACCCCUUCACGGGCGCGUCCGAGAGCCUGCCCGCGUUGCCGCCAUCCUUCCACGACGGGUAUCAGAUGAUCCUCCGUGACAUGGUCUGGGACCGCUCACCUGACGCCGUCAUGGUCUCGCAGGGCAAGGGCGCGUUCUUCUGCCGGCUGCAGGGCGACGGCAGGUCGUGGACCCCCGCCGACCUCUCGCCGCCAGCUCGCGUCGGCAGCAUCACCUACUGCGACGGCACGUUCUACCUCCUUGACAAGCGCGCCAACAAGGUGACGGCCGUGGACGGCGCGACCUUCGCCGUGGUCGUCGCGAUCGAACCGCCAGAUCUGGUGAUGCCCGACCGCUCGUGGUUACGCGAGUCCACGCUCGUCGUGUCGUCCGCCUCCGAGCUCCUCCUCGUCGUGCAGGGAGGAUGCCACCGCUCGAAGGGCCUCUUCAAGGCCUUUCGCGCGGACCGCGGGAGCCUGGCGGCCGGGUGGUCGGAGGUCGCCGACGGCGGCAUCGGCGACCGCGCCGUGUUCGUGGACCACGCCCGCGGCUUCUGCGUGGAGGCGAACGGGGUGAACGGGGUGCGGAGGAACUGCGUGUACGUGGCCAGCGCGCACGAGGAGGCCAACGCCAACUCCGGGUGGGGCGACUGGGGGAGGUACACUGUCUCCAUGCUCGACCUCGACGACCUCACCACCCAGAAUCUCUCCCACGGCAACCUCUUGAAAUGCCUGCACGGUAGGCAGCGCCCUUCCUGGUCGAUGCCAAAUCUGCAUUGAUCUUCCUCCUCCAAACGAAAAAAACUACGUGUGCGAGUUGAUCGCAUUGAGGUUGGUUGCACUAAUAAGCAGAGCUGCCAGUUCGUGUACUAUUCUAGUUUUAACUUGCGCUACUUUGUCAGACUUGUUUUAUUCAUUCUACGACAAGUGAAAGAUCUAGCUUCAGUUACAAGAACGAAUUUGAUUAUCAAAUGUGUCACCGUGUUCCUAACAAA